AUGGUCGGGGAAAGAGGAGCCCGCUGGCUCGAGGCGUCCCUCCCAGCGCGCCCGAGCUCCAAGAAGAGGAGGUUCGCCGAAACCGGGGUCCGCUUCGUGAUGCACGCCCUGGUGCUCGGCUAUGGGGUGUGGGCCACGUGGGGCGAGCCGUGGAUGGGGCAGACCCGGCUCUGUUGGCAGGAUCUGCCCUUUCAUAUCCUGACGGGGAGGAUCUGGUGGUACUACAUGCUGGAACUCGGGUUCUACUGCUCCAUGAUCCUCGCCGUGCGGCUGGACGUGAGGCGGAAGGACUUCUGGAUGCACGUCCUCCACCACUUCGUCGUGGUCGUCCUCCUCGCCGGAUCCUGGACCCUCAAUAUCACCCGGCUCGGGUCCCUCAUCUUGCUCGUUCAUGACGCCGCCGAUCCCAUUCUCAUGCUGGCGAAGCUUUUCCACUACCUCGGCAAAACCCGCCUAUGCAUCGGAGUCUACAUCCUCUUCACCGCGGUCUGGCUCUACAGCCGAGUCUACUACUUCCCCGUUCAGAUCGUCUUCAUAUCGACGAGGGAGAAACUGUUUUGUGAUUCGGGGCGCUGGAGGGGGAACAUCCCGACCUGGGUCCUCCUGCUGCUCCUCUACUUCCUCCUCUGCCUCCAUGUCAUAUGGACCUAUCUCAUCCUCCAGGCGCUCGUCGUCUCCGUCGUCCGGAAGAAGCCGCUGGAAGACCGUCGGAGCGACGCCUCGGACGCCGACGGAGACAAGGAAGACUGAGACGACCGAAUGUGCUUAUUUCGCGAAGAACUCCGAAAUUCUUCCUUCCGCGAAUUCUCGCUAUCCGGGCGACGGCUCAGAACCCUUCCGUUUAAAAAAAUUGCAGUUGAGUUGGCUGAGACAUUUGAUCAC